AUGUUCUACCUCCGACUCCUGGCUCUUGUCGCUCUCUUAGUUUCCAGUGCUUCGGCGGUUACCAUAUGCUCUUCUAGCAGUAUUCUUUCAACUUUCACAGAUCCUUUGUGCACAUCUUGGUGUAAAAUUAGGGUAAGUACAAACAUUAUAACAAAUUACAGUUUCAAACAUUUUCAGUUAUGCAGUUCGGGUUCCUGUAAGAGCGCUCAAAGCGGCCAAGAUGCGACUUGCCAAUGUGAAUCCUGCACUUUCGGAAAUUGGUUCAGCUCAUCGAGCGAUUCCACCUCUAAUCAGCCAGUGACCGGACAAUAUUACACCGCCGGAUCGGGAGGAAUAAUGCCAACCCAAAACGGUAACAACAAUGGAUACAACAAUGGAUAUGACACUGGCUACAACAACAACAACGGCUAUAACAAUGGGUACCGCAACCCGGCUGCUGCUGGAUACGGAAACUCUAACUCCAACUUCAACACCAAUCAACAGUACUCCAGAGAUAAUCAGUACGCCUCGAAUGUUCCCUCCGGAUACGGUAAUGGCGGUCAAGCCAACUACGCCUCCGGAUACCAGAAAUGA